AUGUUGUCGAGGGCGCACCUGCAGAAAGUCAAGUUGCUGGCUAGUACUUUUGACGGACUAACGAGCUCAGAUGUGUAUCGAGCUGCUGCCGAACAGCAUGUGAUCGUCGUCGGUGGCCAUGCCAGAACAGUUGGGGCAGCCGGCGGCUGGUUGACGGGAGGCGGUCACUCGGCCUGGUCGAAUCUUUACGGUCUCGGCGUCGACAAUGUACUGGAAAUCAAACUGGUCAAUGCGCAGGGAGAACAUGUCACUAUCAAUCAGUAUACCGACCCAGAUUAUUUCUGGGCCGUGCGCGGCGGCGGAGGAAGCGCAUGGGGUGUCAUAACCUCAGUGACAUAUCGAACUCACCCAGAACCCACGCAUAUUCAGGUGGCGGCUAUACAGAUCAAUGCCACUACGAAUUCAAGCCUUCGUCCACUCCUGCAAGGGUCUCUAGGUGCGUUGGUGAACAUGACAGAGGCCGGCUAUACUGGAUACGGGUACCUCAGCAAUGGUUUUUCUGGCCUCUUUAUCCGACCUGGAGGUACCGAUGCAGAACUGACCCAAGGUGCUUUGGCCUUUCAGCAGCUAGGACUCAUCAACGGCACCAGCUUCGCCACGUUCAACUUCACUUUUCCCCGCUGGAUCGACUACUGCAAUGCCUUUCUUCAGGAUCCAAACAUCGCUCUGAAUGUCAUGGAUUCAUCUCGGCUUCUUACUCCGGACAUGGCGUUCAACAAAGCCGGUGAGAUUAUCGACAUGAUGUUAGAGUUUGGUCCGGACCACUAUCCAUCGUUCAACUUUGUUGGGCAUGUCAACUCCACCACGCGGGACAAUACGUCAGUUCACCCUUCGUGGCGGGAAGGCCGGGCGGUUAUGAGCUUCGGCACGAACUGGGACGAUGAAGCACCUGAAGCUGAGAAGCAUCAGAAGAGGCUUCAAUUGGUUGAAAUGAGCAAGCGAUGGGCCAAGAUUGCUGGACCGGAUGGAGGGACGUAUGCGAACGAAGCCAACCCCUUCGAGCCUGACUGGGAAAGAGUCUUUUGGGGGUCCAACUACGAGCGCUUGUUGAGGAUCAAGAGGGCCAAGGACCCUACAAACCUAUUCACCUGCAAUCGAUGCGUGGGGUCGGACAUCGUGUAUGAAGCGUGA